AUGUGCAGCGGGUGCCGCGGCUGGAACUGGGACUGGCGAGCCCGGUGCAUGGUCUGCCGGUCGGCAGCGCCGCCGUGGGCCAAGGGCAGCGGGCAGGCCAUGCGCGCGGCGCCGGCGGCCCCUCAGCCCAAGGCCGACGUCGAUGGCUGGGUGGAGCAACCGCGGGGGCGCCGAGCCCGCCAGGCGCUCGGGGCAGCCAGGGCGCCGUCCCAGGCAUCGGGGGCCAGCAGUCGCAGCAAGGCCAGCGCUGGGACAGGCGCAGGGAAGGGCAGCCCGCCUCCGUCCAGCAGCGGGCCCUCGCAGGUCGAGCGGCUCCAGGCGGCCGUCGAGCAGCUGGAGGCCCUCCACGCGGCACCGCCAGAGGGCGUGGCCAGCUGCUUCACCGAGGCGGUGGCCAGCCAGCUCGAGGUCAAGCGCGGCGAGCUGGAGCAGGCCUACCAGGCAGCGGCCGAGGUCAAGUCAGCAGCGCUGCCGAGGGCGGCACGCAUGCGCGAGGAGGCCUGGGCAGCAAGGCGAGCCGAGAGGAAGCUCAACGCCGCCCGCAGGGCCGUGGAGGAGAAGCGCGAGGCCCGGGACGCAGCGGAGGACCACCUCCAGCACGCGCAGGAGAAGCUCGCGAUCCUCGACAACGAGCUGGAGGUGGCCAUCCGCGACCUCAGAGUCCUUAAGGACGAGGCGCGCGACGCCGAGGGGCUCCUCACCCAGCUCGACGGCCUCCACUUGGCCUGGCAGAGCAACAGCUUCGAAACGACGCGGGCGGCGGCCCGCACGCAGAUGGCGGCGGUCCGCGAGCAGCUGGCGGGGCCCCGGCAGGACGAGCCGCGGCGCAAGCAGCCGUGGGCCGCGAGCUGCCCCAUGGAGGACCACGGACGCGAGAACGAGGACGAGCCCAGCGAGCCGAAGCGCAUCGGGGCGUGGGCACCCAGGCCGGGCCCAGAGCGCGGCCAGGCCGAGCGCCAGGGCGAUGCGAAAGGCAGCUGGCCCCACGCCAACGCCAGCCUCACCAAGAAGCUAGCGGCCGAGGCUGCGGAGGAUCGCCCUCUCGUGUUAGGCGACGGCGAAGCUGGUUGGGCCCACGGCUUUGACGCGGCCGUCGCCCUGUCCAGCGGCCGCGGUGCUGUCGGCCUCAACCUGGACACCACCAAAUUCUAUGAGAACCCGCGGCACGGUGCGGAGCUGGUGGAGAGCUUCAGGGCCGCGGAACAAGUCGGCUGCGAGAACCCUGGCAUGCCCGCGCGCAUCGACAACAGCUUCGCGGUCUCCUUCGGCAAGAACCGCCCCGACGCCGUGGGCCGCGCGGCCAACCUCAAGGCGAAGCUACGCGCGGAGGGCCCCGUGAUCAUCAGCCAAUGCCACACGGUCGCCGCGGCGGUCCGCGAGCGGGCGCGUGGGAAGGGCCAGGCCCAGGUGCUGGAGUCGAGCAUCGCGGCCAAGGAUCAAGCGCCUGGCGCGGCCGUCGACGUCGCGGAGAUGAACGAGCUGGAUCCAAAGCGGCUGCAAUGGAUGCUGAACGAUGAGCCGCCAAGUCCCGAGGAGGCGUGGGACUCCAGCAAGCCCUGGGCGGAGCUCUCCUGA